AUGCAAUACAUCGCUGCUUAUAUUCUUUGCACUAUUGGACAUGAACACGCUGAAGAAGCUAAAGUCAAGGAAAUCCUUACUGCUGCUGGUGCUGAAAUCGAUGAAGCUAAAAUCAAACAAGUUUUCGAUGCUAUGAACGGAAAGAAUGUUUGGGAAGUAAUUGAAGCUGGAAAGAAACAAAUGGGAUCAAUGGCUGUUGCCGCUGCUGCUCCAGCUGCUGGUGCUGCUGCUCAAACUGAAACCAAAGCUGAAGAAAAGAAAGAAGAGAAAAAAGAAGAAGAAGAAGAGGAAGACUUCGGUGGAUUUGGUGAUCUCUUCUAA